CUAUACAUGUUCUAAGACGUGCCAAGGUACUCAUCAGGCUGAAUGAGUGCAUGGCGGUAAUGAAGUAAGCUGACUCUACGACUUUAAUACCCCACGAUUAUCGCCUUUAAUCCAUGGGGAUUAUGACGUCAAAUAUAAGGAUUACAGAUGGAUUACAAGAUCACGAUAUCAUGAUAGGAACAGAACUAUUAGAGAACAUGACGCCAUUCGUGUCCCGACCGGUCAGUCGUGUACCCCGGGCAAAGUCAGCACCAGUGAGGACACCAGAAAUGUUUCCGAUGGACAUGGACAUCACCCAAGUAAGAAGAUUCAUCCGCCAGAAACAAGCUGAGUACAGCCAAGCCAAAGCUGAUGCUACAAUGGCCGGUGGCGACAGUAAGGAUCUGCGACAAUACGGUAAAUGUUUGUUCGAAUACGCCGUGUCCAAAGCGGCCACCAGGCCAACCCAUGCAUCGGGCACGACAACCUCACGGCGCCCAGCGACUUGUGGAGGUUACAGCACUGGAAGGGUGGUGGUGCCUACUCGCCAGGGAUCUCAGCACAGUCACCGAAAUGGCACAGGUCCGUCCUCCCAUGGUAGUCUUAUUUACAACAAAAAAGUCAUGGUUUUGAACUCUAUCAGAACCAGACCUUCCUCCGUACCAGUCAAUGAGUACAGCUUCGACAGGUCAAAGCGUUUCUUGAACCUUCGCAAGACGGUGGACUCACCACAGUACCCCCUUCGUGUGAUCACCGCAAACAACGAAUCACCACGCCAACUGACCUCAACUGACCAUUACGGUUGCUACGAUCACGUGCUUCUGAUUGCAGAGAACGAUUCCGUUGUCAGUGAGUAUGCAAAACCAGUUGUGGAGAAAACUGACGAACCUGACAACACUAUACAAAAUACUGAACACAGCCCUCCAAGAUGUUGGUACCGGAAGCCGUCCAUACCAAUACUGGUGCAAAUCGACAGCCCUGAUAGCGAUAGUGACAUGAGCUUGGAAAUAAUACCCGAGAAUAAACUGUCCGACAGGAGACCAAGUUCCCGGGGAUCCAUGGAAAAGGGAGUGAUCUCGCCUAAACCUGGGUCGGCCGGUAGCAGAGGAAGCCUGAAAACUCGCAAAAAGUCCCCAGCAGGCGCCAGGGACGGUGUUAAAUUGGGGAAGUCCGAUGGGGCCAGGUCUUCUAGUCCCAGUUCGCAAAAUCUAAGACCGACCAGUGCAACUCGGGGGAAGACGAAAGAUAAAGCCGGGGGAAUGAAUAGUCGAAGAGGCAGUUUGAGGGGUCAGAAAGCGUCACCAGAGGACCUUAUGCUGAAGAUACCCCUUCCCGGCCCGCACUGCUGGGUAGAUGACGUCACCGUUUCUAGCGAUCCAAUGGGAGGCGAAGAGGGCAUGUCUGAGCCAGCAAAUAGUGUAACAGACGAACCCAAAAGCGCCAAGUGGACCAAAGAGAAAACGACAACAGGAACUGAAGAACACGUGCUCCCUGGAUUUGUGUGCCCAAGCUCCGAAUUGAAGUCCCGAAGUGCUGCAACAAAACAAUGGCUGAUCAAAUCUGCCUUUUUGAACGCUAGCAGAGCGGUUCCGUUGUUGUGAGUGCAAGUUGAUACAUGUAUCUACGGAAGCCUAUUGGUGUCACUGUGAAAAAAAU